GCCGAAAUAUUUGAGAUUCCGUAAAUAACUGGUCAAAUUUUGUUUUGUAUUUUUUAAUUGUAAAAUAAAAUAAUGUAAUUUUUGAGUUUUGCGCGGAGAAGCGAGUUUAGAAAAAGCAAGAAGGGGAAAAAAGAGGGGAAUUUUGAUUGAUCGAGCGAGAAAAAUGUUUUUUGUUCCCGACAAAAUCGGUGCAAAGUUAAAGAGAAAAAGUCGUUUUAGACCAGUUUGAGAAACGAGAGUAGAAGACGAGAAGGAAGAAGGUUCGAGUUCUCGGUUGGAGGUCAAGUCGGACAUCUUUGAAUACGGUUCAAGGAAAUGAUUUAUUAGAAAAUGCCUAAUGGAGCAACCACUACUAAAUAAAUAUAUGAUGAUGACUUCUGCUUUUCCUAUGAGUGCUGAAGAAUACAAAUAUCUUUUGCAACAGUCUAUUAAUUAUUUCAAAAAAUGUGAAGCAAUCAAAGCUUCUAUGAAUGGUAACAAAAAAGAUAAUAAGUUUGAUUUUAAUAGUGCUAGUACUUCACAGAAUUCAUCUGCAGUAUCUGAAAAUUCACAAAAUUCAUCCAAAGUAGUAGAAAAUGAAAAAGAAAAAACAGAAAGCAAAGAAAUUUCACCCAACACAGACAAUGAUGCUAAAGAGAAAAAAUCAAAUCCAGUAAAAAUAGAAAAUAAUAAUGAUAAAGAAGAACACAUGGUGGUUGAAGUUAUGCCAGAAGCUUGUGUUUUAUCUGAAGAAGUUCCAAAAAAUGAAAGACCAACAUCAAGUAAAAUGCUAAAAACUUCUGAGGGGAGUUUAUUUGUUGGAUCUUCUUUUCCUACCGUAGGUCUUGACUUAAGGAAAACCGUAUCUAGAGAAGAAUAUGCAUUAUUUUUUAAAAAUCAGUUGGCUUCUUUAUAUGGCUAUAUUAAUCCAAUGGAAAAUAAUCAAGCAAAAGCUUUACCAACAAUUACAAAGACUGUUCAACAAGUUAAAUGUAUGUGCUAUAAAUGUAAAAUGCAAUUUGUAAGUGUUGAAGAUUUGGCCAAACAUUGUCAAGUUCAUAGAGUGGAGGGUGACAGAAUGUUAAACAGAUGCCACAUGUGUCCGUACGGAACUAAUCGUACCUAUGAUUUUAGAAGGCAUUUGAAAACACAUCUUCGUCAAAAAGGUCACAGAUGUUUGCGAUGUGGUGGUGUUUUUAAAACCAAAAAAGAAGCAAAUGAUCAUCCAUGUAUUCAAACAGUGACUAAUACUCAGCCACAGAACAAUACAAUGCAAGAACUUUUUAAUAAGAAACCAGUUGUAUCAGCAGAGCAACAAAAUCUUGAUCUCAGUGAACAAAUGUUAAGUCUAUUUAGUAAUGCCAAUAAUUUACAGCAAUAUUUGUUGAAACUUUCAGAGAUUAAAGAACAGAAUUCAGCAGAGAAAACAUAUUCUUGUGACAAAUGUGAUCGAGUAUUUACGACUCCGUCUGCCCUAACUCAUCACAGCCGCAAUCACUGGAACGAAACAAAGGAAAAGAAGUAUAAAUGCCAUUUUUGUUCCUACGUCACUACCAGUUCAAGUAAUCUAAGUAGUCAUAUGGAAACUCAUAUCGAAGAGAAACCACAAACCUGUUUACUAUGUGGAAAAAUAUUUACUAAUUCUGCCACAUUGAAGCAUCACAUGGAGUUUCACAGUACAGAUUGCCCUCAUACAUGCGGUAUCUGUGGGAAAAAUUUCAAAGAUCCGAACAGUUUAAACGCUCACAUACUCCAGCAGCACGUUAAAGACAAUUUUGUGUGUCCGCAAUGCGGUAAAUCAUUUGCAAAUAUCAGGGAGCUUUAUAAACACGAAGAAGUUCACAAUAGUCAAAAAGUUUAUAAAUGUCCUUAUUGUGAACUCUCUUUUUCGGAGAGUGGAAGUUUCCAAAACCACGUGGUUAAUACUCACACUCAGGAUUUAAAUCACAAACAUAAGAUUUGUGAUAAACCUAUUGUUUUUCCGACCAACUUGCAAGAUCAGCUUCGUAUUUUGCAAAAAGAAAAAAAAUGAUACGGGUAUCUUAUUUGCUUUCUACAUUGGUUUAGAUUGUUAUUUCAUAAAAGCUAAAUUUUUCAUUUCAUGCUAUAUAAUUUUUAAUGCUGUUUUUAAUAGCUAUAUAGUAAUAUUUUAUUGGUAAGUAAAUGUGAUUGAAUAUUUUUCAAUUGCGAUUGUAACUUUUUGUAAUAUUUACAAAAAGUUAAUCAAUAUAAUAUCUGAUUGCAGCAAUUAAAAACUGUUUCUAUGCAGAAGAAUUGAGAAACGGCCCAAAGAAAUAGAACCGCAUCCUAUCUUUUAAAUGCCGAUGUAUGCAGUAACUUCUUGCUAUUUCUGUCCAUGUUUCCAUAAAUGACGCUAAUUAUACGGAAUUGUAGAUAAAAAGGAAAAAAUAGCUGUGUCGUAUAUUUAGCCUUAAAUACUACUAUAUUGUUGUUGUCUGCCGACGACGUACGUCAGAGGCAGCUCUAGUUGUACGAACAACAUACUUCUGACAUGCCCGAGUAUUUAAUGGUGCAAUUGAUCACAUUAUAAAUCUACUCUGGCCAAUAGAAUCUCCUAUAAACUGCCAGAAGCAGUUGCUAUCACUGUUAAUGUGAAUUGUUACAUGCUACAUAACUUCUGGUGCUUGUUGGAUUAAUUUUUUUUAUAAACAUUAUAUAAAUAAAAUAAAAAUAUAAAUAAAUAUAUAUAAAUAAAUAAAUGAAUAUAAAUAAAAUAAAUAAAUAAAUAUAUAUAUAUAUAUAUACAGUAUAUAUAUCUGUUGUGAUCAUAUGUAACUUCUGUAUAAUUGUUUUGAUCUGUGAAACAUUUCUGUCCAUUAGUGAUAAGAAAACAAAAUUGCUAUAGAGUAGAGUGACAGUAGGCAGUAGUUGAUGUGGGGCUGAUGGUGAAUUAAAUAGAAUUGUUUCUAGUGAUUGUAACUUCAGUAGAAUAGAUCAUAGAAUGAAAUUGUUUUGUAAGCUUUUUACUUUAAAACCAAGUAUUUACUAUAUUUUCCAGGUUGAAAUAUAAUUACUUUAUUUUAACAUUAUAUAUAAUUAUUAAUUAAUAUCGAUAUUAAGUAUAUUUUAUUGGAAAUUUAUUGAUCAAGAGGUAAUAUUAGUUCCUAGUGUAAUUAAAGGACAGCAUUCAAUUUAUUGUACUUGUUUUGUUGCAAAAAUUCCACAUCAUUUUGAUAAACAAAUAUGCCAAAAUGAAAACAUUUUAGAAAAGUAUACAGACAAAAAAGCAGCUUAUUAUAUUGUCUGCGUAGUUUUCUAGUGCGAUGUGGUUUUAUAAUAGUAUUUUUGUUUUGUAAAAGUGUUUUAUUCAGGAAUUUUAAAACUCAUUCUGCACAUUUGUCAAAAUACUCUGGCGUCCUACAACAAUGUGAUAUUAUUUACAAUGACUGUACAAUUAUCAAAUUCAGGUAACUACAACUGUUCAGAAGUAUUGAAAUAUUUUAAAGUACAACAUUAUAUUGUUCGAGAAAUAUAUAUAUUAGUUCAAUUGUGGUUUGUACUAGCAAUUGAUUUAAUUGUAUAACAGUAGAUAUAUGUAUCAAAAACAAAGGAAAUAAAACAUGUGCAUUUUGGUGAAGAAGGAAUCAUUUUGACUAAUUUUACACGUACGGUAUUUAUAAUUUUCUUUAAUUAACUCGGCUUAAUUUUACUUUAUUUCAUAAAAAAGAAUCCGCACCAGCCGGAAUAGAUCGUUCUAGCAAACACGUAUAAUUAAAGGAAUUAGCAUGAUUUUACGAAAUAAGAUUGUUUCUCUGUACU